AUGUAUUUGUUACAGUGCAACGAGAUCUUCCGUUUCCAGAAGGGUGAUGAUUUCGAUUACGACUACGGUGUCGUCGAGGAUGAAGAGGAGUUAAAGGAAGAGGAAAAUGAACACAAACCGGUCCAAUCAUUGAAAUUUGCAGACGUUCCAGCUCACUUUCGCUCUAACUGGGCUUCGUAUCAAGUGGAAGCUCUGAUACUUGCAGUGAUAGCAGUGUACCUACUGAACUAUGUCAUUGGUCGAAACACUAAUCAAUCGAUAGCUUUAGAGUGGUUCGAUAACGUCAGAGAACUUCUUGAACAGCAGUUUGCUUUGGUUGGAGAUGACGGAGUAAAUGCAUGCCCUGAAAGUGGUGCUGCUGUGCAGAGAGAAACCGACUGUUCGUAUACUGUUUGGUGUUCAGGAAGGGUUGGAGUAAAUGGGAUGCUCAUUCAGGUAACAAUGAAGCGGCAGGACUUGUUGAGUAGGAUUAUGGGUUUAUGCUUUUUACUCUACCGUUUUUAUCUGGAUUCGUUUGUGAUGGCGUUUGGCCAAAAGAAAGCUGUUGUGAAACAAUACAAAGAGAUGCUCGAUCUUAGCACUUUUACCACUGAGAAGAAAAACACUUCUCAGUUCGGUUUGCCGUCAAGCUUCGUGCUCUACGCAGAGCAGUCCGAAGCUACGUAUGCAAUCUUUGAACCUGGGGUUGCUGCUAUCCUUCGUAAAUAUGAAAAGGCGAUUGAGCAUGUCCACAUAUCGGACCAAUACAGUGGUCCUAAACCACCCGAAGGUGAGACCUACACUCGAUUACCAGAUGUUGUUCGAUUGGUGCAGUUCAGCUUCAAUCUUUACGAAUGCCGAAACAAGGAAUCGCAGGCUGAACUUCUCCAGCUAAUAUUUUACAUAGUUGACAAGGUGCGAAAAUUCCGCAUGAGUAAAGAGGCGAAAUUAAAGGCCGAUAAAAGGCGACGAGAAGUCGAAGAAGCGUUCAUUAAAACUACUCAUCAGUUACGGCAAGAAGCAGCACAGGCACGCCGUGAGGAAAAAACUCGAGAGCGAAAGCAGCGACUUCUCGAAGAAGAGGAUCCGGAGAAGCAAAGACGUCUUGAGGUAGUAUUCGCCCCUACAUCUAUCCUUUUUGUGCAGCUUUUAAAAGUCUGCGGAAAUAAGGUUUUCUUUGCAUAG